AUGGAAGAGCACGCGCUGGAGAUGUUCGAAGUUGGGCCAUGCGAGACUCCUCAUCAAAUGGGCUUCUUGAUCGGCCGGAGGUUCUCGCGCUUGAUACAGAGCAGGUUGUCUAGGGACCUCAUCCUUCGAAACCAGCUUCUGCCGUGGGCAAGAGCUCCGGAAUCACGGCCUCUCCUCGAAGCUCUCUGCGACCAUAACCGGAACAAGUUCCCUCGCUACUGGGACGAGCUCGUCGGGAAGGCCGAAGGGGCUGACGUGCCGGUUCUUGACAAACUGUUGAUAAACUUCAGGAAGGAAAUCUUACCCUUCAUCCCGGACAAGGAAACAAAAUCAAACUCGCCCGAGGAAGCCAUCGAGUGUUCCGACGUACUGGUUGUUGGCGAGUUGAUGGCCGUUGCCGUGCACAACGAGGAUGCCAAUGUUGCUCUAGUUGGCCACACCUACUUAGUCAAGGGUACUCUGUCGAACGGAUUGUGCUUCAUUUCGUACAACUAUGCAGGAGAGCUGCCGAGCUGCGCAUUUGGAUUCAACAACAACGGAAUGGGAUUUACACUCAAUGCCGUACCUCCCUCUAAAGAAGAGAUUCUAGCAGGCGGGAUUGGAAGGAACUUCAUCUCCAGAGAUCUCCUAGAGGCAAUGAGCAUGACUGAUGCGACCAGUAAGACCUUAUUUGCGUUAUGA